AUGGGAUGUAAACAUUAUCAACGUAAAGUGAAGCUGGAGGCCAACUGCUGUAAACGGAUUUUUCCUUGUCGGUUUUGUCACGAUGACGCUAGCGAUCACAACAUUAUUCGACACGAGACGAAAAACAUGCUGUGUAUGAUGUGUAUGACUUUGCAACCAGCGGCAAAGAUGUGCAGCAAGUGUAAUGUCGAAGCGGCGGCGUACUAUUGUGACAAAUGCAAACUGUGGGACGACGAUCCGAAAAAGUCAAUCUACCAUUGUGAUGAUUGCGGCAUAUGUCGUCAGGGUAGAGGACUGGAUGACGAUUAUUUCCAUUGUCAUAAGUGCAAUAUCUGCAUGGUAAUGGCCAUGAAAGGCAAGCACCGCUGCAUAGAGCGCAAUCUUGAAAGUGAUUGUCCGAUUUGCGGUGAAUACAUGUUCACAAGUACGACAACGGUGGUGUUUAUGCAAUGCGGCCACUGCAUCCACAAACUGUGCUACUCAGCCUACAUACAGACUUCAUACCAAUGUCCGACGUGUCUCAAAUCGCUGGGCGACAUGUCUGAAUAUUUUGCGCGUCUCGAUCGGGAACUUGUACGACAGCCGAUGCCACCAGAAUACGAAAAAUACGUUUCACACAUUUUCUGCAACGACUGUGAAAAAAAGUCCACCUCAAAGUACCAUUUCUUUUACCACAAGUGCACACACUGCGGCAGCUACAAUACCACGGUGCUCAAAACAGAAAAUACAGAAAAUACAGAGGAAGCGGCACAAGACGAUGAAUCAAAGAAUCCGCCACCGUCAUCGUCAUCCACAUAUCCAGCACAAUCUAGUACAAGCGAUCCGGCUUCCGCAUCGAACGGCUCGACAAACGCUCUCGAUCAGUCUACCAAUUCGGAUAACGACCAACAGAUGAUUCGCUCGCAUGGAAGUGGAACGGCAACCAAUGGUGCUGUACCAGCGGCGGCUUCAGCGCUUCGGAACGGUGGUGGUACUUCAUCAUCAUCACCAUCUUCUUCGUCAAACCCACCAGCCCCGCGUCCGUCUGCUAGUUUACAUGAUCCCCAUUAUGGGACUCGGGAAAAUAGCUAG